UUUACACACACAGUGCGGCAAGUUGUUGGGAUUUACACGCAGUUGUUAGUUCCUUGUGGCAUUGUGAUUUUUUGAACUGCAUGUAGUUAUUCCUGAAUGUUAUAAUGACUGAUGAUUUAUUAUCGUUCUUAAACUAAUAAGUAAUCGAGCGCGCGCGUUUUGUGAGUUUUCGGUCAGUUUUCUGUUUGGUUUUGAUAGUGACAGUGUAAAUUACAAGCAUCAUCAUUGAUCUGGAUCUACAAAGGCAGGCCUCGAACGGCCACUUCAUUAGGUCGGUCAGUCAAAUGUGCGAAGGAGGCUUCAAUGCCGCGGAAGGAUUCUCCAGAAUGGCAUCAAUGGGAGCCGGUGCCAUCGGAAUGCAUCCAAGUCUUCAAACCCCACAACCUGUUAAAAAACAGGAGGACCAUAUUAAGCGUCCAAUGAACGCUUUUAUGGUGUGGUCCAGACUGCAAAGGAGGAAAAUUGCACAGGACAAUCCAAAGAUGCAUAAUUCCGAAAUCUCCAAACGAUUAGGAGCUGAGUGGAAGCUUUUGAGCGAAGAGGAAAAACGUCCAUUUAUAGAUGAAGCAAAACGACUGAGAGCCAUGCACAUGAAAGAGCACCCGGAUUACAAAUACAGGCCCAGAAGAAAGCCUAAAACAAUGCGAAAAGAGGGAUACCCUUACUCCAUCCCAUAUGCAUCGGUACCAAUGGAUGCCCUGAGAGCAGGAAUGGCAUCUACAAUGGGUCAGUCCAUGGCCUCCUACUACAGCCCAACAGCAGCGUAUGGUUCCCUGAAUGCAGCUUCCAUGGCCGCCGCCAUGUCUGCACAACAGUCAGCAGCAAUGUCAGCUGGACUAACGGGACCAAGCCAAAUGGUUAGUCCCAUGGAUGCUAUGAAAUACACACUAGAAGCAGAAAAGUAUCGUUCUUCAUACAUGCCUCCAUCAUCACUUGCAAUGUCUAUGUACUCAGAUCCAAAAUAUAUAGAAUCUAAUUCAAAAAACUAUUUGGAUAGAUCUUAUUUAGAUCCCACUACGGCACUGUCUAAGGUGUAUUUUGAGACUUCUAAAAUGUACAUGGAUAGCAAGUAUUGCAGUGAUAGUCCCAGGCCCUAUUCAGGAUUGGAUGUUAGCAAGAUGUAUGAGCAAGGAUCGCAACAAAUUCCACAACAGCUUGUUCCCGGAAUGGGAAAUUCUAUCGGAUCUCCAAGAAGUGACUCUCCACCUGAAAGCAAAAAUCACCCUCAAGAACGAUUAGAUGCUGCCAGUUCCUCCAGCUCUACAACAACUUCUUCUGCUGGAGCAUCGCCUAGCGGCAUAUCUGGCUACUAUCCUAACACUACCAUGCAACAAGGUAACCCUGUACCUCCAGGAAUUAUUCCAAUGCCUCAAUACGCUACACAGUAUCCGUCGCAGACACCUGGAAGUGAGUUCAGAAGGCCCCUAACAGUGAUAUUUUGACCAGAAAAUAUGUGAAUAAUUUAAUCGAUUGGAAUAGUAGAUUUAUAUAUACAAGAUGUUUCAUGAGGAAGGGGAAUUAUUUUAAUCACUAUUCUACGUCUGGAAAUAACCCUAUUUUGCUUUAGAAACGAUGGUCCAAAGAUGCUUCGUUACGGAUUUACAGGGUGUUGAAAUUUAAUUUAAAAAAUGCAAAAUUAUAAAUCUCUUCAAAACGCAUAGCGGUAUUUUAACGAAAUUUUCUAGGGAUCAAUAGCUAAGACGCAUGUUUUGCAAUUAAUUAAUUUUGUUAAUUUUGUCAAGUAAUGUUAGGAUUCUAAGUGCAUUUGUGGGAGGUGGGCUAAAUUAAUAUUAAAUUAAAGCUAAAACUUUUUAGUUUAUGUACGUACCCGUGCGUUCUUGUAGUCUGUAGCGCAUACGUAACCCAGUGGCUAAAGUAGAUAAAAAUAUUUGGUUUAAAAGAAGUCUUUUAAAACAUUUCAAAAUUAAGAAUUUUUUUAAAUUGUAAAACAUGUGUUUUCUCUAGCUAUUCAUCCCUGAAAAAUUUGGAUAAAAUAUCUCGAUGCGUUUUGAGGGAAUUUAUCAUUUUGCAUUUUUUAAAUUAAUUUUCCACACCCUAUAAAUCCGUAUCGAAGCAUUUUUAACCCAUCAUUUAUACAGAAAACUAGUGUUAUUUGCGGACCUAGAAUACGUGAUUAAAAUAAUGUCCCUUCCUCAUGAUACACCCACUAUAUACACCCACACGGUGAUUUAAAAACCGAAUCAUUGCUCCGUAGGUGAUAUCGGCGAGUAUUUAGGCAGCGCGGAAAACAAAAAAAAUGUUACUAAAACUUACAAAAAAAUUAUGACUCUUUGUCGAAGCGAUAAAGACAUUCCUCAGCUGAGAACAAUUCACUGCAUCAAAGUUUAGUUUUCAAUUAAGUUCUAGCAAUGAUAUAAAUAUUUGAAAUUUUGACUAACAAAAUUUUAAAACAAACCCCAAAUCCAACGUUGAAAUGUUCACUACUGAUGUUUGGUUGGCGCUAUACCUAAUUUAUUAUGAAACGAUAGGAUUACAGUUUUUCCGAAUAUAUAUGUGCAAAUAUUAAAAUAUGUAUUUUGUAAUUUUUCGAUAUAUUUUAUAUAGUUGAUAAAGUUUAAAUUUAUAUAUUUUUCCGUACUGUCCAGGUAAGCUCCACUAAACUAGUAAAAGGCAUGCUGAAAAUUUGAAAUCUCCCUGCAAUAGGUCUUACAUUUAGGAGUUUAUCUAGUUUAGCGAAAUACAUCAAACAUUACAUUUCAUAAUUACAUUGUACAGGGCCAAACAUAAGUCGCAAUUAACGGACGUCUGGGAAGUUCCAACGGUUUUUAGUUACUAAUAAGACAGUAUAUUUGAUUUUUUGCUGGUUAUAUUGCGUAUCAGAAAAUCAGAAAUGUAUGUAAUGGUAAGAAAGAGAAAAAUACAAGCUAAAGAUUUAAUUUCCAGAGAUCAGCUCUUGAAAGUGAAUUUUUUUCUGCUAUAUGCUCGUCGAGAAAUUAGCUCUUUUAAGAAGAAAAGGAAUUGUGGCAAUUUUAAUUCACUGUGAUGCCCCUUAAGUCAAUCGAUUCCAAGUUAUCUUUAACAAGUGAGUUAUACAAAUUAGUUUUUCAAAUAAUCACUCACCGUUCUAAUUAGCAUUGAAAAUGGCCAGCAUAUGUAGGAUUUCUAUAUUAACCUCCCAAAAGAAUCUAAAAUUGGAAACACAAAAGAUUAACACAACACCGUUUUUGCAUCAAUCAACACUAAAUUGCUUUUUCAGAAUUGCUUCACUGCUCAAAAAUUCUGCAAUCAGUUUUGGGGUGCAUCCAAUAUUCAAAUGUUAUAAGCAAACGUUUUCAGGUUUUGUUGCUUCUUGUUUAGGUAAAUAAUGGAAUUUCUAAAACAUUAAAAACAUCAGACAAAAAGUCGUUUAAUAGAAAAUGCAAAAUAACCGAUUAUUACUACUUAGUCCUCUCGGCAAAUUAGCAAAACUCGCUUAAAGGCUAAAUCUACAUUUGCGGUAUAUACCAGGAACAAGCUCUUCUAGGUAUAUCUUUUUAAAAUUCGGUUCUUCUAUAGUGGAAUAACGUCAUCUCGGUAUAAAUGGCGGUAUAACUUAUACCAGUGAAAUGAGCCGGAUAUACUGCAGAUAAAGUUGUUCCUUCGUUCUAUUGGUCAAUGAGUCAAUAGCGUCUUAUUUCUCGGUCUCAAUUCAUAACCUACAAUUUCUUCAUAUAUAAACUUUUUCACGCGAUUUAAAGAAAUUUUUGAUUUACCGUCAUCGACAACCGAUUGAAAUGCGUUUGUAGGUGUUCUAGUAAAGUAUCUGUUGGGUACCAAGCAAGGGAGGAUCCAGGGGGUUGUCAUGGGGGUCAUGAUAACCCCCCCUUGUGCUGAGUUUUUAACGACAAACAAACAUUUUUCUAAUUUCAUGGACAACAAAAGACUAAAUUUUUACCACUUGACCCCCCCCGACUCGAAAGCUGGAUCCGCUUCUGGUACCAAGUUGUUUUAUUUAGAAUCUUAGAUUCUAACGCUUUCAAUUUAAGAGCAUGCUCCUCUUUCAUUUGUUUGAUUUUUAGGUCAUGCAUUUCCUUUUCCAUUUUUUCUUUUUGUCGCGCUCCUUUUUCCGGCAAAGUUUUCUGAAAAUCUGAAAAUUCUAUUAUUUUUUGGACCAGCUCUUCAUAAAUAUAUUCCUUUCUUCCAGUUUUUACGUAUUUCCUCUUCAAUUUUUCGAAAAUGGGACUGCUUACUUAAAAGUAAAAGUGGCAUUUCAGUAUUUCGUUUCGUAAAGUAACAUUGCAAAUACUCACUACAAUUUUUGCUGAAUGCUUUGAAGGCAAAUUCAACGCCGGAUGUUCCGAUUGCCUCAAUAUUGUCAAAAGAUGAACUAUACGGUUUUGCGAAACCAAAAGUAACUCACCAAAUCUGCAACUGGGAUUUCUACAGCUUCAGCAGAACAUCCUUUCACAUCUGUAAAGAUUUCCAAGGAUUCUAAUUCGCUUGGGGUAACAAAAGCUAUAACAGAAAACUACGUGCUAAUUGAAAUUUAAGUUAAACCUACAAUGGCGUAAAACUGCACUUACCAUCAUCCGAAUCAAAUUCACAUUCAGUACCCUUAGCAGAGACACCAACUAAAUUCAGCACUCAUUUCCCUAAACCUGUCAAGUUCAAAUCUGGGAGUGGACCGCCACCAGUUUUAUAUACUUGGCUCCUAAGCUCAAUUUUUUGAGCGAAUCCCAUUUGCUUCGCAACAUCUUCGCAGUUCUUCCCGUCCCACAAAUAACGUUAAAUGUUGUUGCUAUGGUGCGCCGCUCAACCUCUUCUGCUCCAUUAGUAAUUAAUUGUAUAUGUUUUCGUACAUUCUAAAACGACAAUGUUUCACUUUAUAAUAUUAAAUUGUACGUGCCUAUAACAUGUUGGUGAGUUUCCACUAAAUCCAUUAAUAUUUCCACUUCAUCUUUACUGAAAUUGGUGCAUUGUUUUUUAAUACUCUGAGCCAUUUCUUAAGAAAAUCGAGCACAUACACUAGCUGAAUUAUUUUAGGUACUGUUUCUUUGGAGUACUAUCAUAAACUUUGAGGUAAAUUAAGGUAAAAGUUCGAAAAAACGGUCAUCUCGAUGGUAACGUUGCCAUCGACUGCCUUGGACACCGCCAGAGCCAAAGUUUCGAUAAGCUCGGAACAGUUAUUCUCGCGCCAUCGUUUCAUUGUGGAACAACACAUAGUAUUAUGCCACAGAUUAUCCCUAGUAUAUCUUACUCUACAAAGAGUUUGUUCCCGGUAUAUACCGCAAUUGUAGACUUGGGUCUAAGUAUUUCAUUGUGAUUUGUCUACGGUUUCCAACGUAAAGAACAGUGGAAAAGUGGAAGUGGAAGAAUCAGAGAAACUUUUCUACUAUUCCAUACUGGUUUGCGAUCAUAUCCAUAAAAUCACUAUAGAAAUCUAUUGAUACGAUCGCAAACCAGAAUGUCUCUAUUGAGAAAGUUUAGCUAAAAAUGAGAAAGGACAUAAACAAUCCUGUUUACACUAAGAAUUGCCUGAAAUAGUGUUUUAUCAGGCCAGCGACAUGUAGACAGUACGUACGCUAAAGCAAGAUUCGGUAAAACAAGAUUUUCAUUUAUCUUAAUUAGUAACUGAAAAUCACUUGACCGUGAUUUAUUUGGCCCUGUAGAUAGUAACCAGGUAGGCUCAGCUGCAAUUUUUGAAGAAAGCAAAUAAUUUUACUCAUGUAGCAUUUUUUGAAAUUUUGUAAGUUUGUUAAUUCGCAUUUGGCACAUUUUUCGAAUAUCCAAGAAAACGUUAUUAAUUCAGUUCAAAUCGUCGAAAAUUUAUAUAAAUGAAUAUGAUAUGAGACUUGCGUGAGCACUUUAUAUUUCAACGCAUCAAGCAAAAUAAAACAAAUUUUGUCGAAGCAAAACUUGUAAAAUAUGUAGAUAUAAUUUAUAUUUAUGUACAAAAAUUAGAAUCUUUUCUUAUUAAGAAUACAUUGUCGUAUUCCUCAAUGUACAUUUUUGUUUAGUUAGUUUGAGGUGUUUUGUUAUGAUUAAAUAACAAAUGUUUUGAAUUUUGUUAAUAUAUAUUUCAAUAAAUUAACGGUAAGCAUCUCCCAACAGCAGAUUAAUUCAAAUUAAAACAUUUUCAUCGUUGGUUGACGGAAAUAUUUUUAUCAUAAUUCAAACUUGUUGAAGCCAUACUUAAGAGAAGUUAUAAAUAUUUUGUUCCUAUUUUUAUUAGAUUGUAGACGACUACUUAAAAGAUAGCAAAUCUCGUUAUUAUUCAUCAGUAGGACCUAUUAGAAGUAGUACUAUUAAUGCAUACAUUAUGUUAUUGGAUAGACGAAAAUUGGACAUAAUAGAGACUCCGUCAAAUAA